AUGAACGAGUCGACUUCACGGCACGAUCUAGCCUCAUCGAGACGAACGACGACCCUUGAAGGUUCUGCGACCCGCAGGUCUCGCAAGGGAUGCCCGACUUGUCGCCAACGAAAAAUCAAAUGUGACGAACGGAGGCCAGAGUGCAGUCAAUGUCUCAAGACAGGGCGAGAGUGUAAGAUCAUCGAUGGACUGUUCCGGAUACAUUCAUCUUCUAUCUCGAAACUCGUACGGCCUGACCGACCCCCUCGGACCCCACCCGCACAAACCAGCCUGUUGCCAAACCAGCCGCCUCCUUUGUCUGCAACUGUGGAUCAUUGCGAUAAUAGUCUGCAGCCGAGUCAGUUGUCUCUUUCCCCAGACUGCCGUGGGUAUGUCAUGCCGGGGACGUCAUCAGUCGAGAAUAAUGUGGAGUACGAUGGAUCGCCCUCGUCAUCAUAUGUACCCAGUCAAAUCGUAGACCUGUCAAUCCACAGGCGGCUCUCAUGCAGUGAAGUGCUAGCAUCAAACCUUUACGCCCAUCAACAACGUGAUGCUCCUGUCCAAGUGGAAUCAAGUGUAACACCAUCUCCGAUGUCCAAUACCACACCAGGUCAUUGUUCCUCCCACGUCCCAGAACAUUCAAUAAGUCUGUCAGAAGAAAACGCCCGGGACCGUUCUGAAAUCACAUUUUUCUUACGAUAUGCCUCUGAAGGACCAACACGUUGGAUGGAUGUGACCGGCCAUGUUCCUUAUUUUAGUCAAUACUUGGCCUUGCUUUCCGAUAAAAGUGCACUUGUUCGUUAUGCUGCUGUUGCAUUGGCAGCGAAACAGCUCGGCCAAACAAAAGAACCAUAUUCAAAAACUCAAAACACCACUCAUCAGGGCCUCAUGACAAAGGCUCUGACCGAAGCAGUUGCUCUUGAAGAACAUGGGCUCAAUUUCUUGUGGUAUGGGGCAAAGUACUACGAGAAAGCUAUUCAGCUACUUUUCAAGCAACUUGCUCGAGAGGAUUGCGCUAUAUGCCAUCCGUCUCCACGCACCAUCUAUCAAGCAGACAAAAUGUUUACUGAUAGCCAUGAUACCCAUCUUGAUGCAGAUGGCAGUGCAUCAUCGCUUUUUCAGAUCAUUGCUGCCUGUAUCCUCUGCCAGUACGAAGACUUGAGUGCAACAGAAAAGGCCGUGUCCGGUCAUUUGGAUGGGGUAUACAAGUUGAUCUGGUCUUUCUUAAGCGCAGAAGCUGACUUCGCACACGUACCCCGAAUUCCGGAAUCACAAAGAGCCAUGGAGGCGGCUUUCUGGUAUUUUACCUUGAAUGAUAUGCUUGAUGCUCAUAAUUCAGGAAAGCCCUGCCGCGUCGAUACCGAAGAUUUUGCGCUAUGGCGUCGUAUGGGGCUUCCCCUUGACGAGACCGCGAGCCUAAUCCUUGAUAUCAUCCAUGAUCAUAACCAAGACAUUGUUCUUUUGCGGUCUCUGAUUAGGCUUGGAUGUCUGUACUUCAGAGGCAAUGUGUCUGACCCAACACAAUGGUUGCAACUUAAUGAUGAGUUGAAUCGGUGGUGUGAAAUACUGCCACCUUCUUUUUCGGCUUCUAUUCAGCUGCCUCUGCCCCCUGGUGAUCAUAACCAUACUAUUUCCUUGGAAUCAUGCUUUUUGCAAGAAGUCUGGUUUGGGACGGAUGUGUGCCCCAUUGCGAUGGCAUUCUAUCACAUGAUCAGUAUUCUUCUGUUGGUGAACCUGCCACAAGAGCUGUUCACUAGAAGAUAUACGGAGCGUCAUGUCGACCUACUGGCCGCUUACAAUGCCUUUCAGCGUGACUUGUACCAACACGCUAUAGGCAUUAUUUCAAUCGCGCAAGGGAAGCCGAGUUAUACCGUUCGCAAAUACCUGGUUCAGCCGCUUUAUGUUGCCGGUCGUAGCUUGACGGAUAUGGCUGAAAGGAAAAAUGUUUUGGGAUUAUUCCGUGACAUAGAAAAUGAGUUGGGGGUAUGUGCCAAGUAUCGCAUUAGUGAUCUGUUGGAAGAAUGGGGGCCGUCUUCAAAAGUGUUGGGGUAUUUCGACACGGAAUGA